AUGGAAUUUUUAUUAAGGAAUAAAUUGAAAGGCGAAUAUUUACCGUCAUUUAAAAUUAAUUCAGACUUUGAACUUGCAGAAACAGUACGAAAUAAUGCAGCAGAAUUCGGACGAUGUUGUAACUGUUCGCAAGCAAAAAUGAGCCAUGAACAGAAUAAAACGUCCGAAGUAUUGCAAAUAACCAUUGAGAACAGCAAGUAA